AUGCAAGAGAGUAGCGUUUUUUGCGAAAUUUCUACGAAAAUUCGGUGAUUUUGGUUUCAGUUUCCUCCACAAUUCGAUGAACUAGUUUCAAACUUUAACAAUCUACUGAAUAGCAUAAAAAACAAUCAUGGUUUUCGUGACAUUCGAGAACGAAAAGAACCUCCCGCUGAACGAGCUACUUCUCCCGUUCGAUGAGGACGGUGUAAAACGGAAGCUUCCUGCUUUGCACGAAAAAUGGAUGGAGUCCCGCUGUUUCACCAAGUACGUUUCGUUCCCGAUGAGGAAUGGCCUGGUGGAGGAAGGUGCCGCACUCGAUCAGUGGGUCAGCGAAUCCGAGUGGUUCGUCAAGGACAUGGAAUGGCUACUGGGGCUGGAGCACUUUCGAUUCUGGUCCACGCUAGUCCACAACCCGGGUGCCAUCGAAAGCGUCAUCUCCUUCACCCAGAAUGCCAUCCCGUACUAUCUGGUCGGAGUGGUCCGAUCGUCUGCCAAGGUGUUCCCACUCUAUUCAGCUGCGCAUCGGUGCAUUUUGCAAGUCAUCUGUCGGAUGAUAACCCAGCGGGAAUCGGACCGCUGUUGGGUCGGAAAAGAGUUUCUUGGGGAGCUAUUGUACAAGCACUAUCUGGUAUCGAUUCCGUUGCUGUUUGACCUGCUGCCGAUCUACGGUCGAGACAACCGACAGGUGCUCAGUUUGAUGCUGCAGACGAUCUUCAAGCUGCAGCCCAAGUACCGGCAGGAUCUCCGCGUCGGGUUGCAGUUUCUACAGAAUACGUUCAAAACCAUCCAGCAUCGCAUCGAAACGGACCGGAUCGACGGCAACCUAGCCACCUGCAGUGCCCUCAACGACCUGGCCAUCUACACCCUCGACUGCUGCAGCUGCCUGUCGCUCCUAAUAGAACUUUACCCGGACAUCCGGCCAAUCUGUGCCGACAUCGCUCUGGAGCAAUCCAUUUCCAACUUCUACGACAACACCAUCGUACUGCUGUACAAGAACAUCUUCGCCAUGGACAACGAAUCGCCGUACCUGGCCUACCUGAACUCGGCCCGGCUGGAGCUGCUGGCCACUUAUCGUGCCGUCGUCAACCUUCAGCUAGAAACCAUCCAGGAAAACCCGCAAGCGAGUCUCGUCCCGGCCGAUAAGUUCCUCUGCGUGCUCACCGAAACGCUUUCGGAUCCGAUCUUCGUGCGGGACUACCAGCGCCACUAUCCGGUGGAACGCGAUCUGGACAUCCUGAAGCAAGGCUGCCCAGGAGUGGACAGCUUCAAGUUGGACUUUGUCCAGAAUGCCUACUGUAGCGGGAUGGCAGGCGAGGAAGAAAACGGGCUCACCAACGGCCAUGGCGAUGGGGAGCUUCCUGAAGAGGACGAAAGCUUCGGGGAAGCUGCUGGCGGGGUAAUGGAAGAACCGGAGGCUGGUCCUAGUCGGUCCACCGUGGAACCACUGACGCCGGAGCAGCAGAUUGAGGCUAAUGUGCGAAAGGUGUUGGAUGUUUUACCGCAUCUGGGCGAUGGCUUUGUCCGGAAGAUUUUGGUUAGGUACGACGAUGUUGAACAGGCAAUUGCAGCGGUCUUGGAAGGGAAUCUUCCGCCGGAUCUGGCUGACGCGGAUCCUAGUGAGCCGUACAUUCCUCCGGAUAAGACGGAUAAUUUCUUCCUGGAGACGGGAAUCGAACGGUUGAACAUCUACGACGGCGAUGAGCUGGAUGUGAUGGUUCACGAUAAGAUCAAGGGGGUAAUUAAGAAGGGUAAGGGGAUGCCAGGGCAGCCGAAGAAUUUGAAGGAGAUGCUGGACGACAAGAGUCACGUGAAGGAGAUGAAGGGACGGUACCAGGAGUAUUCGAACGUGUGCGAUGAGUACGACGACGAGUACGAUGAUAGCUUCGAUGCUAUGGCGGACAGUGAAUCCAAGACUGUACGUUUGUCGGCGCAGAUGAGAAACGCGCUGGUGGACGAGCUGGACGAUGAAGAUGAGGAGGAGGAAGGCGACGAGGACGAUGCGAAACAAGAGUCGGGUGGAAAGAAACCGCUUGAUUUCUGCGUGAAUCCCGAAACGAUUCGGCAGAGAAAUGAGGAAAGGCGACGGAGUAAGUAUCAAGCUAGGGAUGGUGGAGGAGGAGGACCGGCACCAAGUGGUGGUGGUCAAAACAGGGAUGUCGUAGGUAAGGCUAAGGGACAGGGCCAGAACAAGGAGGUGCUGAACAAUCGCAAGCACAAGAACGAGAACAAAUCGAGCCGUGCCAAUCACAACCGGAAGCAGGGGGCGACCUUCAAGAGGAAUAAGGGAAUGAUUCCGUCCUAAGGUUGGUUUUGAUCGCGA